GUGAUUGCUUCUGAGACUCAUUUAGAAACUACAUGGAAAUGGAAUCACAAGACAAAAGAAUUAACCACAGCCAGCAGAAUUUAGGUGGUUCCCCUUCGGGGAAGUAUCGGUUAUUCCCCAGCCUUGGAGACGGAUCGGUAUGGUCUAACCUCCAUGAGGGCGUCUCUCCGCGAGCCAAGGGGAGAACCAUGUACUCUCAAAGCAAUCUCUACGUCACAAAGCACUUCUCUCUUACUAUCAAUUCCCAAGGUUCUCCUCCAUGCAGCCCUUGCUCCUGUCAUGUGAGCAGUCACUCGGGCACAUGUACUCCAAGACUUGCUUUUGUGGCAAUCACUUUCCUAAUUUCAGGCUCUCCCAUUUCCUUCUCUCCCUCCCUACCAUGUAUGUGUUUCAAGCUCCACAAAUAUUUGGUUAAGGUCAGAUACUAAUCUUUUUUAUUAAGUUUUACAGGGUAAACAGCAGUAUUCAAUUAUGCAUACUCUGAAAUAUUCAUCAGAUUUUUAGUAGACAGCCAUUUCCUAUUUAAUUCAUUAUUCAAAACAGUAUAAGACAAAUAAAAUACAUUGUAAAAAACAAUCAACAAAUACACAUGUGUGCUCACACAGAAACAAACUUAAAUAAACAAAUAAAUAAAUACAAAGUUGCCCAAUUUGUUUUAGUUAGUAACUGGGUCCCUUUUUUCCAACAAUCAAUAAAGACUAUACAUACUCUUCCUUGCUUCUCACCUUUUUACUAUCUAAGCUACUACUGUAUCCAAUCUAACUGAGCAGUUGUAUAAUAUAUCAGCAGAACACCAGAACUUUAUUCUAUAUUGAAAAUGCCCAAACAUUACUUCUUAUAUCGUUCCUUUAUAACUUUUUUUUUUUUUUCUGUUUCAACACAGUUUGGAUAUACUGUACAUUCUAGAGGAAACUUUCACAUCUCAAAACAAAAAGCAUAUUGAGGAAGUCAAAAUGGACUGGGAUGUUGUGGCUGGAUCCUGGUUUUCAUCUCAUACAUAUUGGUAGUAAUAACCUUCCCCUUUUCGAUAUGGAUGUGCAUUAAGAUUAUUAAGGAGUAUGAGCGUGCUGUCAUAUUCAGGCUUGGGCGUAUUACCUCAGGAAAAGCAAAGGGACCAGGUAUAUUCUUUGUCUUGCCAUGUACUGACACUUUUGUAAAAGUGGACAUCAGAACGAUUUCAUUUGAUAUUCCUCCACAAGAGAUUCUGACCAAAGACUCAGUGACUGUCUGUGUUGAUGGAGUGGUUUACUUCAGGGUUCAUUCUGCCAUUGCCUCAGUGGCAAAUGUAACAAAUUCAGACCAGGCCACACGCUUACUGGCUCAGACUACCCUGAGAAAUGUCCUUGGAACAAAGAACCUGUCUCAGAUCUUAUCUGACAGAGAGGAGAUUGCACAUAACAUGCAGGCAACACUUGAUGAAGCCACAGACAACUGGGGUAUAAAGGUGGAGCGUGUGGAGAUCAAGGAUGUCAAACUGCCUUUGCAGAUGCAGAGAGCUAUGGCAGCUGAGGCUGAGGCCACCAGAGAGGCCAGAGCCAAGGUUAUUGCUGCAGAAGGUGAGAUGAAUGCCUCCCGAGCCCUCAAGGAAGCCUCCUUAGUGAUAGCCGAAUCUCCAUCAGCUCUACAGCUGCGAUACCUCCAAACCCUGACCACCAUUGCCUCUGAGAAGAACUCCACCAUUGUCUUUCCCCUGCCUAUUGACGUACUGCAAGGCUUUAUGUCAAAGGGGAAAUAACUGCUGUCUGUUUGUGACAAUUACCUGUCUUAAUUUCAAUAGGAUGGCACAUGAUUUAAUUGGACAUUAACUCUUUAUGUAAUGUUGUAAUCUACAAAUUAGGAACUAUAGAAGACAAAUGCAAAAUAAAUACAAAUAAAAAGUCAAUUUCUCCUUUCUGUAAAAAGGUUAACAAAGUGAGAAACUUGGUUAUUAUUUUUAUUGGAAGACUACUAAAACUUAAGAAUUUAGUUGAAUCCUUUGGACAAAUCACCAAAACAAAUGGACAACUACAAAUAUAAGAAAUAGACAACGCAAUAACUGUUUAUAUCAGUCCUCAAAAUGUGCAUUACAUUUGGUAGACAUAAUAGUGUUUAGCUUGGAAAUAAAAUGAGGCAUAUAUAGCAGUAACAAAUGAUAACAGAUAAAAU